AUGGACUCCAGGCAAGAAAAUACGCUUUUUCGUCGUUUUCCAAAAGUGAACAUUAGGCGGCAAGUUUCCGACGUACUUCUCAGUGAACCUGUAAAUAGUUCCUCAUCGGCCGUGGGUGAAGGGCGGUUAGCUGGAUUCCGGCCCUGGGAUGAAGAAGGGGGUAAGGACCACAAUCGACACGCACGGCGCAAGCGAAAACAGGAGGAUCUCCAUCGUGGGUUAUUCUUGGAUCAUUGUCUGAUCCACUUUUAG